UUGUGGUUGUCCAGAGGCAGUGGGCAGCCUGGAACAGGCACAGGGUGGAGUCUGGACACCAGCAUUGCCUGGUGCUGGCACGGUGGGCACAGCCCCUUAGAGAUAAGAGGCAUUCGGGACGGUCUGGAGGCCUCAAGAGGGGUGGUGUGUCGGGUGCACCCGAGUGCAGGGAGGAACGUCACCGGCAGUGUGAACCGGAGACAAGGCUGAAGGGAGAGGUGGAGGUGGUCUGGGAGCAGCUACAGAGGCUGUGUGUGGCCGGAUUAGGUGGACGGAGCGGUGGGGAGAAUGGAUGUGUCCUGCAGUCGUGGCCAGGGCUCAGCAUCCCCCUCACCAUGAGGAGCAAGAGCAUGAAGCUGACUCUGCACGCUGGGGCUUCUGGCUUGGGGCCCGUGAGGAGGGACCUGGGGUCUGUGGAGGCUGCCUGGGCUGGAGGCCGUCGUCAGCCCAUCUCCGAGUCUGGCACAGCCAGGUCUGGAACUGGUGGAGAGUGCAAAUUCACCUGUACCAGCGGUAAAUGCUUGUAUCUUGGUUCACUGGUCUGUAACCAACAGAAUGACUGUGGGGACAACAGUGACGAAGACAACUGUCUCCUGGUGACUGAGCGUCCGCCUCCAGCCAUCUUCAGUUCGGAGCUGGAGUUUGCGCAGAUCAUCAUCAUCGUCGUGGUGGUCACCGUGAUGCUCGUGGUCGUCGUCUGCCUGCUGAGCCACUACAAGGUCUCCACACGCUCCUUCAUCCAGCGCCCAGGCCCAGGCAGGCGGCCAGGGGAAGGGCCGCCACGGGAGGGGCACCUGUGGCCUCCAGAUGCUGCUGUGCUGCGGCCCGGAGCCUUGGAGGUAAGAGGGGUGAGGGUGGGAGCCACUGCACCGGGCACUGCCCUGGAAGGGACCCUGAUGCAUCUGAACCCCCUCCCCCCCUGGGAGGGGACAGGCUGAGACCAACUGUGACUGCGCUGCUGCCUUUGUGGCCUUGUACACGUGUCAGUGGUCACACACCCUUGUGCACUGACAUCUCUGGGCAGAGACAGCGUGGUGUGGGGCACGCAGCCUGGGCCCAUGCUGGGCACAGAUCCACUGUCAUACUCACUCUGGCAUUCAGGCUAACAAUGACAAGGAGCUACAGAAAACUAUCUAGCACCCCAAAAACUAGGAAUCUGGAAACCAGAAAGGAAAAAGAGGGGUCCUUUUUCUUUUACAGAAAGCGCUGAAACCGUUCAGCCUCUCAGAUUGCUGUGGGGGACCUGGGCCUGGACUCUUGGAGGAGCUGGGGUCCCCUUCCCUAGGCAGACCUGCCCAUGUCCCUGGCCCCCGUCGGCCUGUCCCUGCUCCACCCCCCCAACUGUCCAUGUGACCCAGUCGGACCCCGUCUGUCCCGUCCCCGCUCUAUCCCCGUGUCUCCUG